UCUUCAAAUGUCUUUGGUGAAAGCGGAUGUGAUGUGAUCUCAUGUUUACGUAUUACAUAUCUUAGUGGCCAUAAAGUGGUCUCGUCACGCUUUAAGUUAAAACGGACCCCAGACAUAUUACAUGACUUCUUUAUUGUUGUUUUAGCGUGUAGAAGUUGCGGCGCUGACGAGGCCACUGAGACUACACCGGACAAAUUGUUAUUCGGAGGCUGUCUGCAGUAUUGCAAGCUACAUCGCUAGCAUUGUGUAGCUACCUGCCGAAAUCUAUAGACAGAAAGUGAGCCAGAGGUAGACAGCCUUUAUUUGAUCGCCCUAACCUGCCCUCGUAUGUACUGAAAGUAGUCAUGGCAACUAGGCGCCUGACCGAUGCCUUCUUAUUAAUGCGGAACAAUGCGAUCCAAAACCGACAGAUAUUGGCUGAGCAAGUGAGUACAUAUGAGCCCCGUCGUACUCUGAAUACACGUAGCAAUGCUGCGGAGUAUGAUGAGCUGGUUGAUGAUCGAAUGGCUCUGGUAUCUGGAAUUAGCUUGGAUCCAGAGGCUGGCAUCGGUGUCACGAAAAGGCUCUCACCCAAAUGGAUAGAAGGUGUGGAUGAGAUUCAGUAUGAGAUCACACGUAUACGGCAGAAAAUGAAGGAGCUGGCAGGUCUGCAUGAUAGACACAUGAAUCGGCCGACACUGGAUGACAGCACCAAGGAGGAGCAUGCCAUUGAGAUCACUACACAGGAAAUCACACAGAUGUUUCAUCGUUGUCAGCGUGCAGUAGUGGGGCUGCAGUCUCGGUCUGGUCACUGUACAGAACAGGAGGGGAGACUGCUCAGAAACGUCAUCGCCUCGUUGGCACAGAGCCUUCAGGAGCUCUCAACCAAUUUUAGACACACACAGUCCAGUUACCUGAAACGCAUGAAAAAUCGUGAAGAGAGGUCCAAGCACUUCUUUGACUCUGGGCCUUUGAUGGAGGAAGAUGAAGGCAUAGCACUUCAUGACAGGGGUUUUACAGAUGACCAGCUUGUACUGGUGGAGCAAAACACAGUAAUGGUGGAAGAGAGGGAGCGAGACAUCCAGCAAAUUGUACAGUCCAUCUCUGAUCUUAAUGAGAUUUUUCGAGAUCUUGCUGGCAUGGUGGUAGAGCAGGGUACAGUUCUUGACCGAAUUGACUUCAACGUGGAGCAAGCCUGCAUCAAAACAGAAGAUGGACUGAAACAGUUACAAAAGGCUGAACAAUACCAAAAAAAAAAUCGAAAGAUGCUGGUGAUUUUAAUCCUGUUUGUCAUAGUUAUCAUUCUAAUACUUGUUCUGUUUAUGACAAAGUUUUAAUGAUUUAUGUUUGCCCAUUUAAAGAAGCAAGGCCUUUUGUGUGAACGUCCUGUGAGCCAUUUAUUCUCACAUAAACUCACUAUAAAGAAACAGCGCCCACUACUGUUCUUCUUGUGCAGAAUUUGGAGUUUCUGAUUAAGUCCAAUGAGCAGGGUGCAGUUGCCCCCACCCCCCCACCCCCCCGGUGCACAGAAAAGCAAGACAUUCCUUGUGCUUAAAUGAAUUGUUUUCCAUAAUUGUUUAAGUUGUCUUGUUCUCAGUACGGAUUGGAUGUGUAGGUAAAAUGACAGCUUCAUCUUUAAUACUAUUGCUAUAUAGAAAAGCAACUGUCAAAUGCAAUCAUAAAGCUAGAAGUCUAGUUUUGUUUGUUUUUUAAUCCAAAAUUUCCCUCUUGUUUCCAUUCAUUGCCCUCAUCGCAAUUUGUCAUUAACUACAGUAGAAAACAAGGACAGAUGCUAAAACAACAAUAAUUUUCUUGUUGGCCCUGGAGUGACAGUAUCUGGUUAUAACAUGAACUUGUAACAUGAGCUUGAUUUCAGAAUUUUGAACGGUGUUCUAAUAGUUAUGAUGAUUGAGGAAACAUGAGAAAAAUAGUUUCAUAAGUGACCAAACUUCCUCUUGAUCAUGAGAUAUCUGAAUAAAUAUCAUUGUGAACAGGUGAGCUUAACUGUCCGUACACCAUAACUUUGUUUCAGUAUGUUUGGGGUGUUGUCAUUUUGUCUCAGUUGAAUGAUGUUUUUUAUAAUCACACGUCUAUAUGAUUCAUUAUUUAUUCAAUUUAGAUUACCCCCUUAAACCCAGUUCAGCGAGCUACAUGUAAGGGUUGAAAAAGUGACUGUGUGUGAUUGUAUCUAUUGCACUUGUCUGUCUCUGAUUACUGACCCUGCGACCUUUGUCAAGCUGACCUUUGACCAAACAUAACUCAGGUCUAUGUAUGUGACUGUACUACUGCUGUGAUCUGUACAAUAUGAAAUAAAAUGAACUUGAGUUAUUUAUUAUAAAUUAAAAAAAAAAAUACUUUAUGGCCAAAACUACUUGGACACAUGACCAUCAUACCCACAUAUUCUUGUUGAACAGCUCUUUCCAGAUUUAGAUCCCACUUUGCUGCUAUGGCAAGCCUCCAUGCUUUUGAGAAGGCAUUUUCAACUAGAUUUUGUAAUGUGUAUUUGGGAAUUUUUGCUCAUUUAGCCACAAGAGCAUUAGUGAGAUUAAACAAGUAGGCUUGUCAGAACAUUCGAAUUCAACCUAAAGGUGUUCAUUGUGGUUGAAGCCAGAGCUCUGUGCUGGCCACUGGAGUUUUUUACAGCAACCUUGGCAACCCAUGUGUUGAUGGAGCUUAAUUUGUGCACAGGGGCAUUGUCAAGCAAACAGGUUUGGAGUAAACCCCUUAAAUCUUAAAGCUACAUCGUACAAAGACAUUCUAGACAAUUAUUUGCCUUCUACUUUGUGGCACAUUUUGGGGAAGGCUCACAUGUAGACGCACUGGUCAGGUGUCUGUAUGCUUUUGGCCAUAUAGUAUUUAUGAAGUGUGAGUGUUAACAGUAAAGGGUCUGUCUCCAGUGUAUGUAGGGAAAGAAAACGUUUGUGUAUUUUUUUUGUUUGUUUGUUUCUUCAAGAGUUAUUCUUUUACUUCUGUUAUUCUUUCAGGAAGAGGUCUAUAUGUGCACCCAAUGUUUAUGAAAUACCACAUGGGUGGAUGUAAUCUAGUAUAAAUACAGUAUAUAUUUACUUUAAGAAGAGGCGGAGUAAUUAUUAAUCAUGGUUCAGCAUCCAAGUCAGCAUUUUUUUUGAUUUUUGACGUGUGUAGAACUGCUGCAUCAGUAUGGAGAUAUAUCUGCUAUUUUCUAAGGACUGAAUAUUGGACAGUUUUUAAGGAAAUUAAACAUGUUGAAGUAAUUUUGUGUGUUUUUUUUUUUGGAGAUAUUUCAAAAAAGUCAUGAAUAAUAAUUAAUAAAUGAUUAUAUAUUCUAGAGAAAAUUCAGAAUGACUAAAGAUAUUUCUUCAAAGGCAAUUUGGCUGUUUAAAUGGUUAAAGUUGUCUUGCUUUUUUUUAUAUUAAUUAAUUUGAGGUAUAUGUUUAAAUUAUUUUUUUAAACAUACAGAAUUAUGUAGCGAGCUAUAGCUUUCUUGAUUAUACACAGCAUAUAUUUUUAUUACACUAAACAUGGCAAGAUGGACAGAGGGCAUAAGGCCGUGACUUGCUUGUGUGGGGCAGGGAUAAGCUUUGUGGGGGUAAUCCAAAAGUGCUGCAUGGAAGUGCUGAUUUCAUGAUUCUCUAGUUCAUGGGACAGAUUUUUUUUCAGACCUUAUUUGUAUAUUAAAAUCAUGCAGUGACAAAAUGGGUAUCAUUUCCAACUCUCAGCUGCAGGAUUCCUACUUCUAGUCUGAACAUGGGUUAUAUGUGAAUGUACAGUAGUUUCUGUGUAUGGUCUCCCCUUGUCCAUGAAGGUUUUCUUCCGGGUUCUCCAGUAUCCUCUCAGCUCCUAAAAACCUGCUAGUAGGUUAACUGUGUACAAUAAAUUGCUCCUAGGUGUAAAUGAGUGUGGGAAUGUGUAUUCAUGGUGCCUGCAAUAGACUGAGAUACCUUCCAGGUUCUAUUACAGGUUUCAGCAAAAUCUCUCUCAAAAUGUAUCGCAAAAAUAAAACAAAAUCCCUGAAACUAGUGCAAAACAUUCAGGGCUUGUUAAAAAAAAAAAAAAAACACUAUCUAUAUAUCCUAUCUAUCUUCUUUUUCUCAGCCAUUGCAAUGAAAACAAUGACUGUGGUGUGCACACAUUUUUGAUGUACGGACAUUAUCCACUGCAUAUUCCUCCUUUCCCUCUCCCAAUCAUUUCAAUAUAUCUUACAAUAAAAAUGUCUCUUUAUAUCCUA